AUGAUGAAUAACUACGAUUACAUGCCACUCAUGAACGGAAACCGUGCUUUCAUCCGCGUUGAUGGAGUCAGCACAGGCAGCUUCCCAACAAACGGAAAGACAACACUCGUUGCACGUGUUGGUCCAAGAUCCACAUUCAUGCGCCAUGGUGCUGAAUUCACUGAGAAGUACAGACCAACACAGACAUGGGACUUCAAAUACACCGAUCCAGCACGCGCUUCAUUUGUCGUUGUUCUCUUCAAGAAGCACCUCUUCGGUGGUGACGAAGAGAUCGGUGAAGUUGAGCUCCGCCUCUCUGCCUUCGAAGCUAACACAGUUGUCAGCCAAGAAUUCACACUCAAGAGCCCACACGUACAAAGUGUUCCAGCACGCCUUCGCCUCAGUGUUCACCUCAGCGAAGACGGCAGCAGUGCAUUCUGCGCACCAUUGAACGGAAAGGUCAUCUUUAACCCAGAGAUCCCACACAAGAAGACAUACUUCCAGUAA